AUGCACUUCCGCAGUCUCCCCAACUACUUCCGGGGGGAGAAGUCUCCAAUGAUCCAAACGGAUUCUCCGUUUCCACCAUUGAAAGUUGAACAUCGCUACAGGGGUGUAUAUGAAAGAGCAGGCUUUGAUGUGAAUCUUGGUGGUUAUUCCCAUAGCGAACAGGGUUCCAUGCGUCUGCCAAAGGAAGCUCCAGACUCACGUACUUUCAAUUCUCAUAGAGUUGUUUCUGAUUCUGCCCCUGGAACUUACAAAUCUAGAAAUGUGUCAUCGAGAUCUAUGCCGCAAAGUGCAUCUUCUCCAAUCACUGAUGUAUCCAAUGUAAACAGAAACCGUUAUGCUCCAGCAAGAAAAAGCCCCUUUUCUCCUGUUUCUGCCACUGGGAAGAAGAGUACUGCGCCAUACCCAACUUCAUCAAACGAAAACCUCAAAUCUCAUGAACCUUAUAAUCAUUCAUACGAAGGCAAUAUUUCUCUUCCGGCACUCGUUAGUGGUCAGCCCGUUGCUUCUAUGGAAUCAGAAACUCACAAUGAUUCCACAGAUUACAAUUCUCAAAGCAGAAACGUCAAGAAGCUUCAAUUGCAUAUACCUUAUAGCAAUUACUCGAAUGUCCCACAUGAGCAAUCUAAUGAAAGCUCUUCGAGCACUAAUUCUCAGACAUUUGAGAAUAUGAUAGAGAAGCCUUCCACGCCGAACACAUCUGCUAGCUCAACAAAUGGUCUCGAUGAAAAGAUGGAGCACAGUAGCGCUAUGAGUGUGGGUACAGCCGAACUUCCACAUCUGGCUUCCCUGAACCAUUCGAAAGAUUUGUCUAUGGAUUUGAACAAUUUCGUCGAUGACCGUGACCAUCAAAAGGGUUACGAUCCGAGAAGAGACGCUUCGAAGAAUCAAAAAAGGCCAACAGAAUCUAAUCAUACCCAAUUCAUUCCUGACACUGGUGAUCUCCUGCGAAACCUCACCAAGUUAAUGAUUGAUGACACAACGGAUAACACACUGGAGAAUACCUCAUUUCAGUUUACCUCGGCACCAUACAACACUGUACUGGAAGCUUCAAGUGCUCAUGACGAAAGCAACGAGCAAUCAGAGUAUCAAUCAUUCCUUCUGACAUCCAACCAUGAACCGAUGCUCAGAUACUCUCAGUUGUCGACCGUCAGCUCUAUCAUUUCAAAGACCACUGGCUCAAUCGAGGGGGAAGAAGAAGUUGAUCCAGAGCUACAAAGGCAAUUGGAUGGAUUCAAAAAUAGAAGUUCCGUUUUCAAACCCCGUCAAGAGAGCCUGGAUGGAUCCGCUUCAUAUCGUACAGCUAACACUUCGGCUGUGGAAAUCGGUGAACUACCUGUUGUGCCAAAAAUUCAGGUCCAUGACACUAGCGAAAGCCUUGCUAGUUCAGAUGAACAGUCCAUUUCAGCAGAAACUACACAAGUACAAACUUAUGGCGGAGACAAUAUUCCAUCUGAAUUGGUACGAAAUACCACUGAUCGUAGCUCUGUGGACUUUUCUGAGAAGAGAACGAGCCAGGGGUCGACUUUGGAAGAACCCUUGCAAUACAAAUUGUCUCAUACAUACGAGGAUUCUGACUUUCCCCUCAAUGAAUCCACCGAGUUGCAUGAUGAUUUUAACUCUUUUGAGGCUGAUGGUGUGCAUGAACAGGAUCAGGCAAGCAGUCCAUUCAUUACUGAAAGAAAUCCAGCUCGCAAACUUCAGUCUAGUUAUCCAGAAACUCCAAAGGUUCACGCAUCUCCGUUUGAGGAAACCUUCAACACACCUGAAACAAUCAAACCAUUGAGCCCCAAAAACCACCGAGUUGAAGAAGAAUUGAAGAACAUGAACUUUAAGUAUGACGUGGAAACUCCAAAGUUACAUAACGGCAUUACAGAAAAUGUAUUUGAUACUUCGGUUGAUCUGUCCACAGAUAUCGAUGAUCUUCGUGAUGAGGUUAUACUUCUGCAGAACGUGCCACCUGAAGAAUUUGAGGCUUUCCCAAAAUCAGUAAUGAAUAUGAAAGUUCCAAAUUUCAGAGCGAGCGCUUCAGGCACAGUGUACGCAUCUGGGACGGGCCCAUGUCGUGUCUGUGGAGAUGAAGUGGAUGUAAAUGGAAGGGGAUCUCGCAAGCCGAUCUAUUCAAGAAAUGGAGAAUUGAGUGGCCAGUGGCAUCGUGGGUGUUUCUCAUGCACAUACGGUGGUUGCCAGGUCGUCUUUAGCAAACACAUUGCAUGCUAUGCUCUACUAGACAAUGCUUUUUGCAAGCAUCAUUAUCACCUACUUAAUAGCACAUUAUGUGAAACGUGUGGCCAAGGUAUUGAAGGAGAAUGUAUUGAGAAUGAGUUGAAGCAAAAAUGGCAUGUAUCAUGCCUUAAAUGCUCAAAGUGUGAAAAGAGUAUUUCGAGCGAUUACUUCUUGAUAGCAAAUGAAAUUGUGUGCGAGCUGGAUGCCCCUACUAUCAUUGCUGGUUUAGAGCAAAGUGGGUUGUUGACGUCUGAGAAGAUCGAAAAAAGAAGGACAAGAAUGUUGUUCCUUGAACAACAACAAGGCAUGUGA